AUGCCGCCACGUAGUAAACGUCCUCGUCAGAAUUCUGGAAACAAAAUGAUUCCAAAGAAAAGUAAUGAGAAAAAAACAUCCAACAAAUCUGAGGAUGUAGCAGCGCCAGAUCCCACCACCAUGGGAUUGAUUUACCCAGGAGGUGACACAGCAUUCAAGUUACUGCUGUCAGCCAGGUUUUGCUCGGCUAUUUGGUGUUACAUCAGUGAUUGUGAUGAAACUUAUAAUUAUUGGGAACCGAGUCAUUAUUUAUUGUAUGGGACAGGACAACAGACAUGGGAGUACAGCCCAGAGAAUGCUUUACGUUCUUACACAUAUUUAUUAAUUCAUUUAGUGCCAGCUAAAUUCUACUGCUAUUUAUUUGAACCAAAUCCUAUUUUAGUCUUCUAUUUUAUACGCUGUCUUCUGUCAAUCGGUUGUGCUCUAUCAGAAGUUUAUUUUUAUCAAAAUGUUUGUAAAGAAUUUGGAGUACACGUAGCACGUCUUACGUUAGUCUUUUUAAUUACAAGCUCUGGAAUGUUUAUAUCGAGCGCGGCAUUUCUUCCAUCAGCAUUUUCAAUGUACGUAAGUACAGCAGCAAUAGCAGCGUGGUACGCGCGUAAAUACGAAUUAGCAAUAUUUGCAACAGCUAUUUCUUCAUUACUAGGCUGGCCAUUCGUAGCCUUACUCGGGGUACCGAUAGUAAUUGAUCUAACACUGAGGCGUCAAGAAUGGUCGAGAUUUAUCAGCUGGACAAUAAUAUCCGGAGCAGUUAUUCUGAUACCUAUGGUCUGGAUUGAUUCUGUUUACUUUGGAAAACUAGUUAUUGCACCGCUUAAUUUGAUCAUGUACAAUGUAUUCACAAAUCACGGGCCUAAUUUAUACGGAACUGAGCCACUGAGUUACUAUUUUAUAAAUGGAUUUUUGAAUUUUAAUUUUGUGUUCAUUGCUGCUCUAUUUACUCCCUUGGCAUUGAUCUUAUCUUGGGCAAUAGAGGAAAGAUUUCUAUUUCCAAUUUACCCAAUGAUCUGCCUAGCCGGGGCGAUAACAGUAGACGUAGUUCAAAAAAUUUAUUUCUUCGUUCGUACGCAGAUAAAACCCUUGAAGCAAGUCUCCCAUUAUUUGCGAGGUACGUCUCACAUAAUGAUACUGGUAUUCCUAGUGACAGGCCUGGCUGGUAUAUCGCGAUCCUUCGCGCUUUUCAAUGGCUACUACGCGCCCCUAGAAGUUAUGAUGGAGGCCAACAAAUUGGGCAGCGAGGGCCAAGUUCCAGGCGAUGUCAACGUUAAUUUCUGUGUUGGCAAAGAGUGGUACCGCUUUCCCGGUAGUUUCUUUUUCCCUUCAAAUAAUUGGCGGCUUCAAUAUCUACAGUCAGAGUUUAAAGGUCAACUACCCCAGCCAUUUUUAAAUCAUCCUAAUGGUACUAGUGUAAUUCAGGAAAAUUUUAAUGACAUGAACAAAGAAGAACCUUCGCGUUAUUUUGACAUUGAGAAGUGUCACUUUAUACUAGAUCUAGAUACCGGUACUGAAACAGAAUUGGAGCCAAAUUAUUCAAAACAAAUAGAUAAUUUUACUGUAAUUAAAUCUGCUAAAUUUUUAGACUCUUCUGCGUCUCAUCCAUUCUUCCGUGCAUUUUAUAUCCCAUUUAUAUCCGAAGAUUACAGUAAAUAUGGCUCUUACAGUUUACUAAAAAGUAAUAAAUUUAAAUUAUCUCCUUCGAAAAUUUCAACUCCAAAAUCCGCAUAA